GGUGUGCUAGCUGCCCCAGGUGAGGCGUCGGCGGCAGCACGUGCAGGGCCCAAGGUCUUUCGAGCUCUGCGUGGGCGUCGUUGCGGCUGGAGAUCAGGGAGCCGGCAGGAAACGGAGUUGGAAAGUAAUCCCACCCGACCAGCCUACCUCAAGCAUUAGAACUACAAACAAACCCUGAUGCGACCUCUCCAGAUUGUCCCAAGUCGAUUGAUUUCCCAGCUGUACUGUGGCCUGAAGCCUGAAGCCUCCGCACAAAACCGGAUUUGCCUGAAAAUGGCUCGGCCAAGUUCAAGUAUGGCAGAUUUUCGGAAGUGUUUUGCAAAAUCAAAGCACAUAGUCAUCAUCUCAGGGGCCGGUGUUAGUGUGGAAAGUGGCGUUCCGACUUUCAGAGGAGCUGGAGGUUAUUGGAGAAAAUGGCAAGCCCAGGACCUGGCGACUCCCCUGGCCUUUUCCCACAACCCGUCCCGGGUGUGGGAGUUCUACCACUACCGGCGGGAGGUCAUGGUGAGCAAGGAGCCCAACGCCGGGCACCGUGCCAUAGCAGAGUGUGAGGCCCGGCUGGGCAAGCAGGGCCGGCGAGUCAUGGUCAUCACCCAGAACAUCGAUGAACUGCACCGCAAGGCUGGCACCAAAAACCUUCUGGAGAUCCAUGGUAGCUUAUUUAAAACUCGAUGUACCUCUUGUGGAGUUGUGGCUGAGAAUUACAGGAGUCCAAUUUGUCCAGCUUUAUCAGGAAGAGGUGCUCCAGAACCUGGAACUCAAGAUGCCAACAUCCCAGUUGAGAAACUUCCCCGGUGUGAAGAGGCAGACUGCGGGGGCUUGCUACGACCUCACGUCGUGUGGUUUGGAGAAAACCUGGAUCCUGCCAUUCUGGAGGAGGUUGAUGGAGAGCUCGCACACUGUGACUUAUGUCUAGUGGUGGGCACUUCCUCUGUGGUGUACCCAGCAGCCAUGUUUGCUCCCCAGGUGGCUGCGAGGGGCGUGCCAGUGGCUGAAUUUAACAUGGAGACCACCCCAGCUACGAACAGAUUCAGGUUUCAUUUCCAGGGACCCUGUGGAACGACUCUUCCUGAAGCCCUUGCCCCUCAUGAAAAUGAAACUAUUUCUUAAGUAUCCUGGGGAAGAAGGAAAUUAUAUCUAAGAACUAGGCCACACGCAGAGAAGAAAUGGUCUUAUGGGUGGUGAGCUGAAUAUUGAACAAUCUAAAAAUAUCCUCUUAUUCCCUAGCUGGAAUCCAACCUGUUGAUAAGUGAUGGGGUUUGGAUAAGUUACAGGACUGUAAAGUUAAUGCAUAUUAUUUGAACUGAAAAGUAAGAUAUCUUUGAUGUAUGUCGAUGAUUGAGGGAAAAAUUUAGUAAAUUAGAUUGUCUUUAAAAAUAGUUAUCCUGGUUUUAUUUUUGUUAUUUGGGCAAGGUAGAAGUCGAGGGGUAAAAACCUUUUAAUUGUGAUUUUUGCAUGAGUUUCAGUAGAAAAUAAAAUCAUUCUCUAUA